ACAGAGUGGGCGAGGAUUGUGAACGGCCAGGCGGCGACCGAGUGCGAGUGGAGAUGGCAGGCCUGCUUGAAGACUCCAGGCGUGCGCGGCUGCUGGUGCGGAGGCACGCUCAUCAGCGAGUCAUGGGUCCUCAGCGCAGCACACUGCGUGGCAGACGGCUCCAGUUUCAGCAUCAUGCUCGGGGAUUUCGAUCACACCCAGGAAGGCGACGGCGUCGAGCAGGAGAUCUCGGUGAGGCGGGUCGUUUCCCACCCGAACUACGACGACGGCACGUUUGCAAAUGACUUCGCCUUAAUCGAGCUCGUUCAUCAAGCCUCGAUCAACAUCUGCGUUGGAGCAGCCUGUCUGCCAGACGUCAGUAUGGAACUGACAGGUGGGGAGACCUGCUACAUCUCGGGCUGGGGUACCCUCACGUCAGGCGGCAUCCAGCCGUACACGUUGCAGGAGGGCGAGGUGAACAUCGUCAGCAACACGGACUGUGGGCUGAGGUAUGGCUCUGGCAUUAUCGACGCUAGCAUGUUGUGUGCGCAGGGCGUGAAUGGAAGCGACAUCGUCGACGCCUGCCAGGGCGACAGUGGCGGCCCGCUGGUCUGCGAGAGCAGCGGCACUUGGUACGUGCACGGUGCGACCUCGUGGGGGUACGGCUGUGCGGCCGCGCAGUAUCCCGGCGUCUGGGCUCGCGUGACAGCCGAGGUGGACUGGAUCCAGGGUUACCUUGGCGGCAACGUCUCUACGGCGGCGCCCACGCCUGCUCCUACUCUGGGCGAGUUCCCUGAAGGGCAGAUGUUCAUGGUGAUCAGCGGCGAUUGCACGGUCGUGCAGUAUUGCGCGCAGAGCCCCAAUUAUCCAAGCAGCUAUGGCGCCGACCAGAGCUGUUCCAUUGCUGUCAAUGAGGAGCGGGCAGAAGCGAUUCUGGCGACAGAGUUUGACACGGAGUCAGAGUACGACGUCUUGACCAUCAACGGCUACGAGUACAGCGGGUCCAUAGGCCCCGCUGGAGGUGUCGUACCCACCUCCACGAUCACAUGGACUUCUGACUUCUCGAUCUCCGCAAGGGGCUGGCAGCUGUGCCUGGAGUCUCACCACCAGACGGGCGCGCCAGUGCCCACAUACGCGCCCACGCCGGCGCCGCCAACGCCGCCUGUGCAGUGUGGAGUCCGUGGGGCUGACACAACACCGUGGGCGAGCGGGCGCGUCGUCAACGGGCAGGAUGCCUCGGCGUGCGAGUGGAACUGGCAGGUGGGCCUCAAAACAUCAGGCUGGUGGUCGCAGGCGUUCUGCGGGGGCACGCUCAUCGGCGCCAGGUGGGUGCUCACGGCGGCGCACUGCGUCGACGACCCCAGCUUCGCCAUCUUUGCUGGCGAGUUCGACCUCACGUCGGACGACGACGGUGCCGAUCCCGUGGUCCUGCAGUACGACGAUUACACCUUCGACAUGGACUUCGCGCUCGUGGAGCUUGCGGAGGAGGCGACCCUGGGCGACUGUAUCGGGAUUGCCUGCCUCCCAAGCUCGACGUUGGCAGUCGGUUCCACGUGCUACAUCUCGGGCUGGGGCACGCUGACGGCGGGCGGAGACACGUCGGAUACGUUGCAGGAGGCGGAGGUGACGACGCUGAGCAACGAGGAUUGCUCCGCAAUGUAUUCAGACACUACCAUCACGGACAACAUGCUGUGCGCCCAGGGAGUCUUGAACGGCGAGAUUGCGGACGCUUGCCAGGGCGAUAGCGGCGGUCCAUUGGUUUGUCAGAACGACGCGGGCUACUUUGAGCUCCACGGCGUCACCUCGUGGGGCUACGGCUGCGCCGACGAUUAUCCUGGAGUGUGGGCCCGAGUCACCGAAGUGGCGGAAUGGGUUGACAUGUAUUUUAGUAGCCCCGCUCCAGCUCCGCCGACGCCUUUGCCAGAAGGGGAAGUGGUGUUUGUGGCAUCCGGCGACUGCGCCAUCGGCCAGGACCUUUGCCUGACAAGCCCAAACUAUCCCCAGGAGUACAGCAACGACCAAACGUGUGUGAUCCUCGUGGCGGCCAGCAACACCAUCCCCAUCGAUGUUGGCCAGUUCGAUGUGGAGGACUACUGGGACGUCCUGGAGGUGGAUGGCAUCACGUACACUGGAAUCGAGGGGCCCAGCGGGGUCGUGCCCACCUCCCAGAUCACCUGGUCGUCGGACUUCACCUCUGUGGCGGGGGGCUGGCAGCUGUGCCUGGCGCCACCGACGCCCGCGCCGCCUCCCACGCCCGCGCCGCCACCGACGCCCGCACCGCCGGGUAGCUGCCAAGAUCGCGUACCGGACGGGGUGGCGGAGUGGCACGAUUCCGACGGUCUUUGGUUCAAUUGCAGGUGGUAUGCCGAGGGUGACCGUUGCUUGUCGCUCGGGAGCGGCUUCGAGAACUUCAACAUGACGGCCAACGAGGCGUGCUGUGCGUGUGCCGCGGUCCAGUUCGCCAUUCAGGGGCGCGCCGAUUCGCCGAGGGACUGGACGGAUAGGCCAGAUAAAGACACCUGCGCCACGUACGCCUUGGAGCAGUGGUGUACGAGCACGGGCGAUUAUGGGCUUGGAUGGGAGGGUUUGUGGGGGACGUUCGACGACUACCAGAGGCAGGGGGUUUCUGCAGACGAGGCCUGUGUGGCAUGCGGCGGGGGUGAGGCAUGCAUGGACGUGACGAUCGGGUGGGGGGCUUGUGCGGCCGGGUCCAGGACCUUCGACGCCGGCUGGGGCGGCUGCGCCACGUACGAGCCCGGGAACCCGAACCACCCGUUCUGCGCCGUCGACUACGACGCCAGCCAGGGGGUCCUCGCUGUGCACGCGUGCCCGCACUGCGGCGUGUGCCAGCAGGAGUGCGCGUCAAGUGAGGGGGCGGCGGAGGAUAGCGGGGGCUACCUAUGCGCGGACGGCUACGCCGCCGCGCCCACUUUCUGCGGGUACUACGACGAUGCGGACUUCACUGCUGGCCAGAUGUGCUGCGACUGGGCCAGCAUAGGCGGCUCCAUGUCUUUCCAGGCUAGCGGCCUGAUGGAGGCGCUGGUCGAGACCGCAGUCGCGGCGGCUCUCGCCGAGUACAUCGGCGCGCGGGAGGCGAACGUGCACGUGGACGCCUCCCCGAUAGCCCGGCGGCUCUCGACCAGCGAUGAUGCUGUUGGUGGGGUCAGCGCCUGGUCGGCCACCUACGACAUUUUGCUCCCGAGCGAGGGCUUCGCGAAGGCCGCGCAGCUGGUGCAGGAGCUUGCCGACCAGAUCGAGGCUGCGCAGCAGAACGACACCGAGGAGAUCGACAGCUUCGUGGUCGCGCUCGUGGCGAACCUCGCAGAGAGCGCUGGCGUGGACGCCAGCUCGUUCGUCCUGCAGAGCUUCUCGCAGCCGGAGGGUGCUGUUGCCGGGCAGCCCGAGAACGCCGCCACCACCACUAGCGCCGAUGUCGGCGACAGCGUCACUGGCGAUGACAGCGACGGCAGCGGCAACGGGCUUCCCACCGACCUGAACAAGGCCGCUGGUGGAGGCGUCUGGCUCGAUGGCGCCCUGGCUGUCGCCCUGGCGGCGCUUGAGCGUGACGAAUAUCGGCCGCUCACGUCCGCGGAAGAUGACAAUACACGUCACGCCUUCAGUUAA